AUGCCCCGAGGCCUCGCGCGUGCGUCAGUGAGGCUUCAUUGUCCGCGGAAGAUCCAGUUCCGCCGCAAGCUCAGCAGCCACGAGCAGCCACAGCUUGCUUCGGUGAAGAGGGUGUCCCUGGGCGAGGGAAAGCCACCUCGGAGGUCCAUCGACGAGACAGCGCGCGAUGGCUCUGCCAAAGAAAGAACGGCGGGACAGAAUGAAGAUGAUGAUGGUAAAGACGAGAUAGAGCAGCACUGGGCGCGCAUGUCGCCGUCAUCCAGCAGCAUCCGACGAGCGUUUUCCGGCAUCCAGCCCACGGGCGUGCCUCACCUGGGCAACUACCUCGGGGCGCUGCGGCAGUGGAAGCGGCUGCACGACCAGUCGACCGACCCGAAAUUCGCCAUGCACUACCGCUACGAGCAGUACUUUUCCGUCGUCGACCUGCACGCCCUGACGGCCGAGACUCCGGCGUCCGAGCGCCUGCGUCUGCGCAAGGAGUCGUACGCGGCCCUCCUGGCCCUGGGCUUGAACAAUAACAGGAACACGACGCUGUUCUUCCAAUCCGAUGUCCCGCAACAUGCCUCGUUGAUGUGGAUUUUGAGUACCAUUGCCUCGACAGGGUACCUGUCCAGAAUGACUCAGUGGAAGAGCAAGUUGAACUUGCCCGAAAAUGCCACCCUCGAAAGCGACGAAGCUACAGCGAAGCUCAAGCUCGGUCUAUUUUCGUACCCGGUCCUGCAAGCUGCCGAUAUAUUGCUCUAUCAACCAUCCAUUGUGCCGGUAGGGGAGGAUCAACUACAGCACAUUGAGUUUACGCGGACAUUGGCCCGGGGUUUCAAUGCCCUGGUCAGAGAAUCCGCAGGUGGAAAUGUCUUCCGAAUACCUUGGCCGGUCAUAUGUAAGGUUCCCCCAUUUCGACCCUUUCACCCAUUCGAGGUACCAAUCAGCAUCACAGCCCCUGCCAAACGGAUCAUGUCCCUGAAGCGCCCGGAGCAGAAGAUGUCCAAGUCGGACCCUGAUCCCAAAUCCCGAAUCCUGGUGACCGACAGCCCAGAGGAGAUACACGCGAAGCUCCGAGGUGCCGUGACGGAUUCAGAGCCGGGCAUAUCUUUCGACCCUCAACGACGGCCAGGGGUAUCCAACCUGGUCGAGAUACUGCGGCACGUGACCGAGUCGCGGGAAUCCAGCGCAUACAUCGCCCAGGACAACGCCAACGUCAGCAUGCGUGCGUUCAAGGAGAUGAUUGCGGACGAGAUCAUUUCGGCGCUGCGGGGCGUGCGCGACAACUUCCUCGCCAUCAUGGACUCUGGGAAUGAGCGGCUCCGCGAGGAAAUCGAGUGGGGCGGCGCAAAGGCGCGACGCAAAGCCCGCACGACCCUCGAUGAAGUCCAGCAGGCCCUGGGAUUGUUUGGGGUCACACUGUCGGAGGAGGAGGCGACCCGGAUCCGGGAGCGUCGGAGACAAGCCGUGCGCAAGGACCUGGGCACCGACCUGAACAUCGAAUCCAACCCGUUUGAGUCCGAUGGGGAGGACGCGAGAUUUGCCGAGGACUUGCCCGUCAGAAGCGAAGAUCCAGAGUCACACCAAAAGGAGAUGCAAUCUGUCGAGCAGGGCAAGAUGUGA